ACUAUCACCUCAGAGAUAUUAACUAACAGCCCUUGCGAGUUUGAAAGUCGGUUGAAUCCAACCUGUCGCUUAUCAAAAGGCUAAAGGGGUUGGAUACCGAUACAUGCUCAUUUCAUUCUUCCGCUGCACCGAGCUUCUAGCGCUGGCCUUCAUCGUCUAGCCGCACCGCCUUGCUGCGGAGCCCGUAGCGGGAAUAGUUUACACGACGCCUCGAGGACCUACACUUUGGUCAUUCUCAAAAGGAAGUAAUGGCACAAGACCCGAUAUGGGACGAUUUUCUAGAAGACGUCUCUCGUAUGAAUUUCAAAAUUGAAGAUACACGCCCUUCUAUAGUCGCUCAAAAAGUAGUGGAAAGUGGAUCAAUUGAACACAGCGGUUCCCGCCUGCGACUGCCUCUACACUGCUCCGAGAGCGGGACGAGGGCCUGUCAACUUCUCAGGCUUCUCCCGACGCUGAAUGAGCUGCUAUACGUCAUAGGGGCGGAAGUGACCGAAGUGGCACCCGGCAGAAUUGCUGUGCGCUGCCGCAUCAUCAUCAGUCUUCAAUACUGCCAGAGGCGUGGGCCAUUAUUAUUAGAAGCAGUCAUGUUCCUCUUCUGCAUCGUCGCUAAACACCGCUGCGUCGACACACUUGAGUUUCGACUUCAACCAGAGCCACAGCAUGACUUAAGUCCACUCCUGUGCAAGGUAUUGAGCAGGCUGUCGACGCUGCGCUGCUUCCGUCUGGAAGACUCCCAUCUGAAUAACCAAGCGGCCUGUGCUGCGUUUGAAGCCACCACUCGCCUGCUGCAGUCGCAACUCGCAGAGCUUUCUCUGAGCUCCAUACAGCUGCUCGGGCAUUCUGAGGAAGCAUGCGCUUCCCUAGAUGCUUUCAUGGUGGCACUUUCGGAGACUAAGGCACUCAAGCGGCUGAAAAUCGUCAACGUGUCCUUCGUGACUAAGGUGCUGGAAGCCCUCACAAAUAACACCAGCAUCACUCACUUAACCUUGGACGCCUCAUUUGCUAUACACGGACGCGGCGAAAGCUUCAAGCGGAUGCUUGCCAGCCCUCUGGCUCCAACCGACCUGACCAUAUUCUUCCACGACCCCUCUCACCGUCCCAGCACAGACUUGGUGUUCGAGGCCCUCAAAACCAACGAGACGGUCACCAAGUUCACCGCUAAAGGCUUCAGAAUUGGUGUCAAGGCUUGCAAGUCACUCUCUAAGUUCCUUGCCUGCAACAAAACCAUUCAAGAGAUUUCGCUGCUGGAUACCUUGUGGCACGUCAGAAGCCCAGGAGCUGAGCCUUCGGACCAGCCCACGAUCAGAUAUCACGCCCAGCACCUGGCGGCUGGGCUUGGGCAAACAGAGUCACUCCAGCGCCUCGAUCUCUCUAACGAGUUUUCUGUUGCCGAGAUUCGUUGCAUCGCGGAGGCCGCCCGUGAUGCCGAGUCCCUAAAGGAGCUGCACUUCUCGGUAAUCGGUGCAGAAGACGUUGAGCCGGUGUCCGCUCUGCAUCAAGAAUGGCUACUAACUGGAAGGUCACGUUUGGUCGGAUUCUCGGUGAGGGAUGAAGACUGGGAAAUCUUGACGAAGUGGCUGACCGAGAACAGGCACUUGCAUAGCCUCCAGGUGACGCCUUAUUCUUCCAACCAUAAGGUUCUGGCCAAAAGCUUGGUGACCACAUUGCAGACUAACUACUGCGUCACAAACAUCCAACUAGAGGAGCUACAUCUACCAAAAGCCGACUGGAUACGAGUAAAAAACAUGGCUCAGCGCAACUAUGGACUGGUGCAAUGCGCAGCGGCCUUCGCACUUGGAAGUUGGCAUAAACGCGCUGCCAUCGCCUACGAACAGGUGUCGUGGCAUCCGCAGCUUCCCGAGGUCAUCCAGUGCAUGGGAUCUGUGAGUAAAGAAGAGGCCGUGGAGAAGAUGCGCCAGAGCACCUUCCGACUUCGUGACGAGUUCUGGAAGCUGUCUGGCAUUGUCAAAGAAGAGCUCGUGUGCAAUGAGCCACCGACUAUUGGCAACGGGGAUGGAACUGUUGUACAGAUUGACAAGCUGGGCGACUACAUGUUGCAGCACGUAAGCUCCUACCUCAAGGUCGCUGAUAUUCCGGACGAUGAAGAGCAAGAUGCGGAGAACGAGAAUUUACCUGCUGGUACACAGGGUAUGAGCAAGAGAAAGCGAUCAGGCAGCUUACUUGCGUCAACGCAACAAGUGAAGAAACCCUGAAAGUAUUGAAAGUUACGGCGUUCGGCAGUGUGGCUGUGCUUCACUUUUAAAACAUUUUCAAAUAAGUUUUUGACAAAGGUAGAACUUGCACUUGGCUUUAAACAAACA